AUGCCUUUCCUCAAGAAAAAUACAGAUCAGGUCGAGACUCCCCACGGCGGCGUGGGCGAGGCCUCGACAGGAGUAGAAACCAAGCCAGAGGGCUCGGGUUCUGCUUCAGGGCAGAAGAUCACCUUCCUUGCCUGCUUCCUGGGCGUGGUGGCCAGUAUCGGAGGCUUCAUGUUUGGCUAUGUCAGUGGUCAAAUCUCCGGUUACUUCCAAAUGUCCGACUUCGCCUCCCGGUUCGGCGAGAACCUCGAGUUCAGCGCCGCUCGCCAGGGUACCAUCGUCGGAUUAUUGCCCGUUGGUGCCUUGUUCGGCGCCUUGAUCGCCGGAAACAUCGCCGAUUCUCUCGGUCGCCGCCUUGCCAUCUCCGUCUCAGCCUUGUGGGCUUGCGUCGGCAACAUCAUCGAAAUCACCUCCACGACUGCUUGGUACCAGUUCGCCAUCGGCCGCCUCGUCACUGGCAUAUCCAUCGGCGCCCUCAGUGUCUUGGUCCCCAUGUACCAGUCAGAGAGCAGUCCUGCUUUGAUCCGUGGUAUCUUGGUCUCUACUUACCAGCUCUUCAUCACCUUCGGUAUCUGGACCAGUUACAUGGUCGAUUUCGGUACUUCCAAGAUGACAUCGACCGCUUCUUGGCGUAUCCCCAACGGCCUUGGAUUCCUCUGGGCCUUGGUCCUCGGUGCUGGCAUUCUCUUACUGCCCGAGUCCCCCCGAUUUGCCUACCGCAAGGGCCGCGAGGAUGAGGCCCGCGCAACCAUUGCUAGACUCGCAGGCGUCGACCCCAACCACCGCAGCGUCAACGACCAAAUCAUCGAGAUCCGCGUCAAGCUUGAUGAGGAAAUGGCUGGUGCCGACACCUCCAUCGUCCAGAUUUUCACUGGCCCUCGCAUGCUCUACCGAACGCUGCUCGGCAUGGUCCUCCAAGCUGGUCAGCAACUCACCGGUGCCAACUACUUCUUCUACUACGGAACCACCGUCUUCGCCGCUACCGGUCUCAGCAACAGUUACGUUACCCAGAUCAUUCUCGGAUCUGUCAAUGUCAUCUCUACUUUCGGUGGUCUCUACGUCGUCCAGAAGGUUGGCCGUCGCAAGGCCCUCAUCGUUGGUGCCGCUUGGAUGAUGAUGUGCUUCUUUGUCUACGCAUUUGUUGGCAGCUUCGCUCUUGACCAGGAGAACCCCGCCAACACCCCCAAGGCUGGCUCUGUCCUCAUUGUCUUCUCUUGCCUCGCCAUUGCCGCAUUCGCCAGCACAUGGGGACCCCUUGUCUGGGCUGUCGUCGCCGAGCUCUACCCCGCUCGCUACAGAGCUCCUUGCAUGGCUCUUGCUACUGCUACCAACUGGUUCUGGAACUUCUUGAUCUCUUUCUUCACCCGAUUCAUCACCGACGCUAUUAACUACUGGUACGGCAUGGUCUUCGCCGGAUGCUGCGCUGCCCUCGUUGCCAUCGUCUUCUUCUUCAUGAUUGAGACGAAGGACCGCAGUCUGGAGGAGAUUGACACCAUGUACCUGCUCCACGUCAACCCCAUCAAGUCCGGAAGCUGGGACGGGAGCAAGGUUCCCCACGGUACUAUGGAGAACAGCAGCCACGAGGAGGUCAUGCAACAACCCACGGUCUAG